CAAUAAUCAAAUCACUAAAAUGUUUAUUCUCGCAUUUCUGCACUGGAUAGCAGACUAUCUGCUAUCCUGGGCCAAGAUGGUCCAAAAUCGCGAAGUAGGAUGGAUCACCAUCGAGCGCAAGACGGGAAAACAAAUGCGAGAGCAACAGCCAUUAUGGAAGAAAAUGAAGCUGAUCCUCCUAUUCAACCCAUUAACCGAAUGGCUAGAUACCACCCACCUAAUGCGUCUUUACUUACACCACGCUGCAGUUGAAGAAGGAAAAGAAGAAGCCACCCCCUCCUCCCGCACCCGCAUCAAAGCCUUCGUCGACUUCUACCACAUCAACAUGAACGACUUCACCCCCUCCGACAUAACCAGCUAUUCCACAUUCGAAGACUUCUUCAUCCGGGCCCACAAACCCGGCUCCCGACCCAUCUACCUCCCAGACGACCCCACCACAGCAGUGGUAGUCGCGGACUCGCGCGUCGUCGCAUACGAAGCCGUCUCCGAGAGCAAGAAAAUCUGGAUCAAGGGGAAUGAUUUCUCCAUGACGAAUCUGGUCAUGGAUAAGCAGCUCGGGCCGAAAUUUGCCAAUGGUCCCGUGGCCAGCUUUCGAUUGUCGCCGCAGGAUUAUCAUCGUUAUCAUAGUCCGGUUUCUGGCACGAUUAAGGUGUUUAGAAGUAUGCCGGGGGAUUAUUAUGAGGUGGAUCCGAUUGCGUUGCGGAGUCGGGUGGAUAUUUUGACUAGGAAUGCGAGGGAUUAUGUGGUGAUUGAGACGGAGGAGUUUGGGGAGGUGCUGUUUGUGGCGAUUGGGGCGGCGCAGGUGGGGACUGUUAGGAUUCAUUCCGAGUUUCAGAAACCAGGAGCGAGGAUAGAGAAGGGGGAUGAGUUGGGAAUCUUUCAGUUUGGAGGGUCGUCGAUUAUUGUGGCGUUUCAGCAGGGACGGAUUCAGUUUGAUGAGGAUAUACUCAAAGCGAGUAAGAAUGCGAUUGCGGUUGAUGUGGAAGUGGGCAUGAGUCUUGGGCGGGCUGCGAGGGAAAAGACAACUUAGGGCUAUGCCGAUAACCCCUUGCUGUUACAGAGUGAGGAUCAGACUUACUACUCGUCCCAGCUGCCCAUCUUACAGUUAUUAAUAUACGCAGAAAAACAUGUAUUCAAUAUUUACAUUCCACAUCAUACCCUACU